UGGGCGCGAGCGAGCGAGCGAGAGAAAACAACAAGAGUGGCAUUUGUUGCGCACACGGGCUUUGGCAGCCAUUCAAUGACCCACCACACACUCAUCUCUUCCGCCCCUGCCUUUUCCUCUGCUCCUCACGCCUCCCCUUCCUCCUCCUCCUCGCCUACCCGCUCCUUCUCCUCUGCACCCGCCGCCGUGCUCGUCAUGUCGUCGUCCUCGUCGUUCGCGCACCACCACGGCUCCCUGGUGGAGAGGGAAGGGAACAUGUACGCGCUGAGGAGUAGCCUCAGGCCGUGCGAGGCAGCAGAGGAGGCGGCGGCCGCCGUGGUCGCUGGGCCGGCGGCGUGGGGAGACGGGUUCUUGGUGGAGGACCUGCUUGACCUUGAGGAGCUCUGCGAGGUGGAAAAGGAAGGCGGUUUGCUCUGCGAGGCGCCGGCGCCGGCGGCCGAGGAGGACGAGGAGCAAAAGUGCAGCGACUCCCACGGCUCGUCGGUGGUCUCCUACGAGCUCAUGCCGCUUCUCCCGCCGGAGAUGGACCUGCCGGCCCACGACGCGGAGGAACUGGAGUGGGUGUCCCGUAUCAUGGACGACUCGCUGGCGGAGCUCCCGCCGCCGCCGCGGCUACCUGCGGCGCCGUGGCGACAGCGCGAAGCUACGGUCUCGACAGCCGCGUACCCUAUGCGGACGCCGACCAUAUGCGCGCUCUCCACGGAGGCGCUGGUGCCGGUGCGGUCGAAGAAGCGCAGCAAGCGGUCGCGCGCCACCACCGUGUGGUCGCUCUCCGGCGCGCAGUCCAUAUCCGACUCGGCGUCAUCGUCCACCACCUCCUCUAGCUCCUCCUCGGCGUCCUUCUUCCUCAUGGACUCCCCCGCCUUCUACGGCUCCAACCUCCUCGACGAGCCGGCACGCUCCAAGAAGUCCAAGCACGGCAAGCCGAAGAAGCGCGGGCGCAAGCCCAAGCACCACUUCCCGCCGCAGCUGCUCGCGGCGUCCGCGCCCGCCCAGGGCGACCGCCGCUGCAGCCACUGCGGCGUGCAGAAGACGCCCCAGUGGCGGGCUGGGCCCGAGGGCGCUAAGACGCUGUGCAACGCCUGCGGCGUCCGCUACAAGUCGGGCCGGCUCCUCCCGGAGUACCGGCCGGCCUGCAGCCCCACCUUCGUGGGCGACCUGCACUCCAACUCCCACCGCAAGGUGCUGGAGAUGCGCCGCAAGAAGGACCCCGUGGCCGUGGCCGCGCUGACCGUCGCCUCGUUCUAGCCGCCCCCCACGCCGGCCGGCUAGCUAGUGUACAUUUUCUUCGAUUCGGUCGCAUCGAUCGUCGAUUAGUCUGUUGUACCGUACCCUGGAUUUUUCUCCCCGUCCUCUAGUAUUUAGUGGUUGUACUAGCAAAAUUCAGAAAGUUGCAAGUAGCAGGAGUCGAUUAGGUCGGGUUAGGUUUAGGGAUUACUACUAAGCUUUUAGUUCGACGUGUUUAGCUCUAGUUUGUUAGGGUAUUGCCGUAGAAGUGGCGCCUCUUAGUAGUAAAGAAGUUGAGCUAUUCGCAAGAAAGCUUUUCGAGGUUGUUUGAACCGUGAGAGGCAGAAGCGGCAAGUUUCCAUGGUUGGUCAUCUCAUCUUUGGUGUGAAGCAAGAAGCUAGCUAGCUGCCUCGUUUCUUCUUUAAA